GCGGCGGCGGCAGCUAGGGAGAGAGGGGCGCGGGCUGUGUGGCGCGAUGCUCGGGGAGAAGACGCGUCCGACGGCGGCAGGCCGCUGAACCAGGCGGGGCGGGGCAGCCCCGGCAUGGAGCGCGGGGUUGCGGAGCCUCGGGACGUUUGGGGCGCGCCUCGUCCGAGCCCGCGGCGCUUCUGAAGUUGCAGGCGGCCAGCGGCGGGCAGCCGGCCCAAGGGGACGCUGGAGCGGCCAGCGUGCCGCGGGUGAACCUUCGCGCCGGCGGCGAGACGCGGCGGUGGCCAGCAGCGGAGCAGGCGGCCCGUGGGGGCCGACCCGGAGGAGAGCAGAGCCGGAGGCGCUUCGCGGCGCUUCUCCGCACACGCACACGGAGCCAUGAGGUGCCUCGCCGCCUCCAGCUGCCUCGUGGCCUGGCUGUUUGUGCUGAUCUCUGGAUGCUGGGGCCAGGUGAACCGACUGCCCUUCUUCACCAACCACUUCUUUGACACGUACCUGCUGAUCAGCGAGGACACGCCUGUGGGUUCCUCUGUGACCCAAUUGUUGGCCCGAGACAUGGACAACGACCCCCUCGUGUUUGGUGUAUCUGGGGAGGAGGCCUCCCGUUUCUUUGCCGUGGAGCCUGACACAGGUGUGGUGUGGCUGCGGCAGGCGCUGGACAGAGAGACCAAGUCUGAGUUCACAGUGGAGUUCUCCGUCAGCGACCACCAAGGGGUGAUCACACGGAAGGUGAACAUACAGGUCGGGGACGUGAAUGACAACGCACCCACGUUUCAUAACCAGCCCUACAGCGUCCGCAUCCCUGAGAACACGCCGGUGGGGACACCCAUCUUCAUCGUGAAUGCCACGGACCCCGACCUGGGGGCAGGAGGCAGCGUCCUCUACUCCUUCCAGCCCCCCUCCCCGUUCUUUGCCAUCGACAGCGCCCGCGGCAUCGUCACGGUGGUCCGGGAGCUGGACUACGAGACCACGCAGGCCUACCAGCUCACCGUCAAUGCCACGGAUCAAGAUAAGACCAGGCCUCUGUCCACCCUGGCCAACUUGGCCAUCAUCAUCACAGAUGUCCAGGACAUGGACCCCAUCUUCAUCAACCUGCCUUACAGCACUAACAUCUAUGAGCAUUCUCCUCCGGGCACAACUGUACGCGUUAUCACUGCCAUCGACCAGGAUAAAGGACGUCCCCGGGGGAUUGGCUACACCAUUGUCUCAGGGAACACCAACAGCAUCUUUGCCCUGGACUACAUCAGCGGAGCACUGACCUUGAAUGGCCUUCUGGAUCGAGAGAACCCCCUGUACAGCCACGGCUUCAUCCUGACCGUGAAGGGCACAGAGCUGAAUGACGACCGCACCCCAUCUGAUGCCACAGUCACCACAACCUUCAACAUCCUGGUUAUUGACAUCAAUGACAAUGCCCCCGAGUUCAACAGCUCCGAAUACAGCGUGGCCAUCCCUGAGCUGGCCCAGGUGGGCUUUGCCCUACCCCUCUUCAUCCAGGUGGUGGACAAGGAUGAGGGCCUGAACAGCAUGUUCGAGGUGUACCUGGUGGGGAACAACUCCCAGCACUUCAUCAUCUCCCCCACCUCUGUCCAAGGGAAAGCAGACAUCCGCAUCCGGGUGGCCGUCCCCCUGGACUAUGAGACUGUGGACCGCUACGACUUUGACCUCUUUGCCAACGAGAGCGUGCCUGACCACGUGGGCUACGCCAAAGUGAAGAUCACCCUCAUCAACGAGAAUGACAACCGGCCCAUCUUCAGCCAGCCGCUGUACAACGUCAGCUUGUAUGAGAACGUCACCGUGGGGACAUCUGUGCUGACAGUCCUGGCAACAGACAAUGACGUGGGCACCUUCGGCGAAGUCAACUACUUCUUCAGCGAUGACCCUGACCGGUUCUCUCUGGACAAGGACACCGGACUCAUCAUGCUCAUUGCCAGACUGGACUACGAGCUCAUCCAGCGCUUCACCUUGACAAUCAUCGCCCGGGAUGGGGGUGGCGAGGAGACCACAGGCCGGGUCAGGAUCAACGUGUUGGAUGUCAACGACAACGUGCCUACCUUCCAGAAGGAUGCCUAUGUGGGGGCCCUGAGGGAGAACGAGCCUUCUGUCACCCAGCUGGUGCGGCUCCGGGCAACCGAUGAGGACUCCCCUCCCAACAACCAGAUCACCUACAGCAUCGUCAACGCUUCCGCCUUCGGCAGCUACUUCGACAUCAGCGUGUACGAGGGCUAUGGAGUGAUCAGCGUGAGCCGUCCCCUGGAUUACGAGCAGAUACCCAAUGGGCUAAUUUACCUGACGGUCAUGGCCAAGGACGCUGGCAAUCCCCCUCUGAACAGCACUGUCCCUGUCACCAUCGAGGUGUUUCCUCCCACUUUGAAGCACCAGGGCAGGCGGGCACCAAAGAAGCAGAAUGCAUUCCUUGUCAAUUAUGACCCCGUCCUUGAGUUCCUUCUCCACAUGGCCCCAACCCUAGUUUACCCAUCUUGA